UCUGACGCUCUAAGGACUGGCCUGCCUCCGAGGAGGAGACAUCCGCAGGAGCACGGGAUGUAGAAGGGGUCCCCGCGGAUGGCGUGCCGGCCCGGCCCCCCGAGAAGACCAUGACUCCUGCCGAUCUCCUGGGCAUUCCCACGUUCUCCAGCGAGGCCUCCCCCACGUCCUCCCGUGCCCGGGGGGAACCUGAGGGACGGCGGGGCUGCCUGCAAGCGUGAGGCCGCGGCUCUGGCGGAGCAUGACCCUGGGAGGUCACGUCCUCUCGUCUUCCCGUGGCACCAGAGGGCGCUCUCCCCUGUGCCCUGGGGCUGCGGCGGCACCUCCUCCUUUUUACACCCGUGGCCCGUGCCUUCCGACCGCCCCCUGUGCCCACAAGACGCCCUUCCAGCCGUCCGCCCGCCUCACGCCCCCGGCUCCUCGCCCAUGGCUGGGACCGGCCGGCCGCGGGCGCUACCAUGAGGCACUGCAUUGACGGUGGCAUCCAGUUGUCACCUGACGACACGCGAGCAGGCCCCCCCCACGUUCCCCAGGAGGGCGCCACGUCCCGCGUGGACGGGAAGCUGAUGAACUUGCUGGCCGUGCUGGAGGGGCGGCCGGACGGGAGCGAGAGUUGGGGCGGGUGCUGGCGCUUGGGGAAGGGGCGGCGAUGCAGCCUGGCGUUCGGGUUGGUCAUCAUGACCUUGGUGAUGGCCUCCUACAUCCUCUCGGGGGCCCGCCAGGAGCUCCUGCUCGCCUCGCCCUUCCGCUACCGCGCCUUCCCCGGCAGCCCCAGCCCGCCGGACGGCGAGAUCCCGAGUGACGCGCAGGAGCCACAUCCCCAGCCGCCCGCAGGCAACCUGUCCUCCGCGAGGGACGCCCCGGGCCUGAGGUCAGUCAUCGACAGCAUCGCGGCCAGGGUCACGUUCACGGCCAGGCAGCUCCCGGGCACAGACGACCUCAGGAGGCAGGAGCCCCACGUGAGUAGCUCCCGCUAG